AUGCUUCCGCCUCAACAAAAGAAAAAAAAGUCAUUUACUAGUUUUGUUAAUGCGUGCUCGUAUAACCUUUCUUCUCAUUUAUAUAACUCUGUUGUUAAAUCUCAAUUUAAACCAUUUCCAUUUAAUUUAAAAUACGUAUUACAAGGAGUUACUUACACUGAGCAACCCACAUCAAAUAACAAUAUUGCUAAACACCUUUCAACCAUGUUUAGAGUCACUUAUAGAAAUGGGUUUACCUACCAUUUACCUCAUUGUAGUUUGACAACAGAUGCUGGAUGGGGAUGUACAUUAAGAUCUAUUCAAAUGUUAUUUCUUAAUUCACUAAUAAGACUACAAGAACCAAACCCAGGUUUUGGAGAAGAUGCUGCAGAAAAAGUUCAAAAAAAUUUUAUUAUUCAUUCAAUGGAAGAACGAAGAGAAUAUGUCCAAUUAAUUGAGGACACUCCAAAACAAGAAGCUGUUUUAAGUCUCUACAAAAUGUUCAAUUUAAAGAUAGUAAGACAAAAUAACCAAAAAGGAACAAAUUACCUUUCUCCUUCUACAUGUGCAAUAGCUUUAUCUCAACUUGUAGAGAUAUGGGAUCAACGACCUUGUCAUGUUAUUUAUAGUAAUACUUUCCCUAAAGAAAUUCAACCAAACACUCUUCUAAUGAUUAGUGCACCUUUAAAUGAAAAAACAAUUAAUUGUCUUGAUAACACUUUUGUAGGAGGUGUGGUGUGUGGUGUUGAUACAAAGGCUAUUUAUGUUUGUGGAAGAACAGGAAAUAUGUUACUUCUACUUGACCCUCAUUUUGUUCAAAAAGCACACGAAGAUGGAGAUUUUGAUAUUAUUGAUUAUUCUGUAAAACCAAACGACUUAAGAAUGGUUCGUCUAACAGAAUUGGUUUUUGGUAAUUGUAUAUGGGGAAUAUUGGUCAGAGAAGAUAAUAUAGAAAUGCUAAAAACUUGGUGUAAAACUUCUCUUGGAGUGACCAAUGAAGAAGAGAUACGUGAGAUGGUUUCUGUAGGUAAUGAAGAAGGCUUUGAAGUGUUAGAUUUUUAA